GCUUUGCUCACCUCCUGAGCAACCACAGAACCACAGGAGUUCCGAUCAGAAUUUUUGCACCGAGCAGCACGUAAAUGGUUAAUUGUCACAGGUCAGCCUCAGGCUUAAGGAGCGCACCAGUCAUUGAGGACGCCUCAAAGGUCAUCGAAACCAUAGAGAAACAAAAUUUAUCUGUGGCGCAGCUGACGGCGGUGGCAAUGGCAUCGAACAGCCUCUUCAGCUCGGUGACACCUUGCCAGCAAAACUUCUUUUGGGAUGCGAGCGCGUCUCGGCGCUUCAGCCCCCCGUCCAACAGCCUGCAGCCGCUCCCGGCCAAAAUGAACGAGGUGAGCAGCAGCAGCAGCAGCAGCAGCAGCUGCGGAGGAAGCGGUGGGAUUAACAGCAUUAGCGGCGGGAAUGCAGGAGGUGGAAACGGGCAACACGACGCGAGACUGCGGCCGCUUGAGAACCGCUCCAUGGCAGAAAUCAUCGCCGAUCAUCCCGCAGAGCUGGUGCGCACCGACAGCCCCAACUUCCUCUGCUCCGUGCUGCCCUCUCACUGGAGGUGCAACAAAACGCUGCCGGUCCCUUUUAAGGUCGUGGCCCUGGGAGAUGUUCCUGAUGGCACUGUUGUCACUGUGAUGGCUGGGAACGAUGAGAAUUACUCAGCAGAGCUGCGCAAUGCUUCAGGUGUGAUGAAGAACCAGGUGGCUCGCUUCAAUGAUCUACGCUUUGUGGGACGCAGUGGACGAGGAAAGAGCUUCACCCUGACAAUUACAGUGUUCACAAACCCACCACAAGUGGCCACUUACCACAGAGCCAUUAAGGUCACAGUGGACGGACCACGUGAGCCAAGGAGACACAGGCCAAAGUUGGACGAUUCACCGAAGGCAGGCCUGUUCUCUGACCGCCUGAGCGAGUUAGAACGUAUCCGACAGAGCACCAUGAGGGUCGCUGUGCCAACACAACCCCCACGAACCUCGCUCAACACCCCAAACUCGUUCUCUCCUCAGGGCCAGAGCCAAAUCUCAGACCCACGGCAGUCACAGUCGUCCCCUCCGUGGUUUAAUGAGCAAGCAUACUCAUCGUACCUGAGCCCCAUGGCGUCCCCCUCGGUGCACUCUACCACCCCUCUGUCCUCCAGCCGUGUCACCGGCCUGCCUUCCAUCAGCGACGUUUCCCGUCGCAUGCCAGGUUCCACAGAUCUGACUCCUUUUCCUGGGCAGUUCGAGCGCCAGUUUCCCGGAUUCUCCUCCCUCACUGAGAGCCGAUUCUCCGGCCCACGGAUGCACUACCCACCAACGUUUACCUACACGCCCACACCUGUCACCACAGGCAUGUCUCUGGGCAGUGCUCAUUACCACACAUACCUGCCCCCACCAUACCCGGGCUCCACUCAGAGCCAGAGUGGACCAUUUCAGAGCAGCAGCACCCCCUAUCUCUACUACGGGGCCUCUUCCGGCUCCUACCAAUUCUCUAUGGUACCUGGGGGCGAGCGCUCACCAUCCAGGAUGCUGCCCACCUGCACUAGUGCCUCCACAGGUGCCUCGUUGGUCAAUGCCAGUCUUCCCAUGCAGGCUGAUGGAGGGAGCGGUGUAGAGGAGGACGGCAGUCACAGCAACUCUCCAACUGUCCUCAAUCCAGCAGGAAGGAUGGACGAAGGAGUGUGGCGGCCAUAUUGACAGAAUUGAGAAUAAAAACAAAAAAACAAAACAAAACAGUACCAUGUGCCCAUCAGACAGGUGAACUCCAAACCAGACACAUGGUUUUAAAGCACAAACCAUACCAGGAUCUAUGUCCUAUCUUGCUGAGACAUUCUAUUUUGCCUUGUUAAUUUUUAAUCUUCAUCAAAUGUCACUUUUGAGGAGUAUUUAUGGAACAAGGUUCUUUAAAGGAAAGUAUUUAAACACAAACUCUCAUGGCAGUUAUUGUUAUUUGUAUACCUGCAAUUCAAAAUCCAUUUCUCUGAAACCAGUAGAUUAUAAAAAAAUACGUAUGGUUAGAAAAAGCUAUGACUGAUUUGUAAGUUCUUGAAAAGGAAAAAAGGUAGUUAGUCUUGCAAGGUUUGUGUUAGAUUUUAAAUGCAUUUUAAAGCACUGAGCAGUUGGUUUCAAUUGAAUAUGACAAACCAAAUUUGUUUUUUAGGACUAAUUUUUUUUUUUUUUUAAUUUAAGUAAUUUAAAUUAUGGAUAUUUGGUGAACAGAUAUUGAGUUGUAAGUUAUAAAGCCAUAACUUAAGUAAUGUAUUUUGAACUUGAUUCAUAGACGGAAUAUUUUUGUAAUGCAUCUAUGUUCAAGUUAAUACUGAAAUUGAUAUGUAAUUUAAAGAUACAUUUUCUGUGCCUUAAGCCAUUUUGCUUCGGUGUAUUCUGAGAUACGUUUCCUAUCUCCGCGUAUAAUACGUUAUGAAAGUUCUAUUCUUAUAUAGCAGAUCGUCUUGCCAUUUUGAAUUACUGCUUUAAUGCUCAGUACAUAAAGUUCUGAAGCCAUUUCAUGUUUGUCUUCAAAUCAAAAAUGGCACAUCCUCUUGGAAUCUCUUUAUUGAUUAUCCUUAAUUAUUUCAAUUUGUAUGCAUCCCUGCUCAGAUUAAUCCUUCAGUGUUAAACCUAGUAUAAGCUGAAAACGCUUGAAAUAGGGGCUAUAACAGAAAAACUACCAAAGCCUCUGCAAAUCAAGGGGCCUGCUGUGCACCCACCUGAAGACUGGAUCAGUUUACUGGAGCCUAAUGAAAGCCACACACGCUAUUUCACUAUGUGAAAAUACUCUUUAUUCUCAAUACGGUAUCGCUCAGAGAAAUGGCAGCUAAAAUUCUUCCCCAUGGAACAUCAGUGAUUUUUGAUAUGUCUGAAUUCUGAGUAUAAUUUCAGUACACUUUUAUCUAAUCAAUACUUUUGCUGGAGAUUAAGGUUGCACAAUGUUGUUGUUUUUUUUAGUUAUUAAAAGUAUCCAAUAACGUUUGUGGUUAUUGAUAUAAGAAUCUCUGAAUCACCUAUACUUCCACUUUGGUACUAAUUGUUUUAGUACCAAAAAGCAAGGGAAAUCUUAAAAUAUUUACCGUAAGCUUAAAUAGCACUUGUUAAAAAUUAAAAAUGUGUAAUUUUGUGGUACGACAACGAAGCCUACCCAUUUUACUUCUUCCAGACUGGGGCUUUUUUUUUUUUUUUUAAACAGUAUGUUGGGUUUUGCUAAGCCUUCAUGCAAAGUUCAGUGCAGUCGUGCCAGCAACAAUUAGACACAUCUUUUCAUUUGCUUUAAUAUUCAGUGCCUUAUAUUAUACACUGCACAACAGAGAAAUGGGGAAUAGUGUAAUACAGUAGGUACCCUGUGUCAGAUUAAGAUGUAUGCAUUUAUGGGACUUGUAAUGCUAUUAAGCAUGUUUCUAAUGUUCAUUUUUCUCAGCGAGAUAAGCAAAGCACUUAGUCAUUUAUGCAGUUCAAUCACAUCAUCGUGCCACCUAAUUUAAAUGGUUUCUACCCUUAAUUCUAACUGUACUGAUGUUACAUGGAAUUUGACAUCUAAGUUUGUAUUUAGAGUUUACAGCUAGAUUUAUGUCCAGGAGAUUAUCGAGACGUACAAUUUACACCAUUUGUCAUGUUCAGUUCUGUCAAAUAAAUGUCAUUGUAUGGACCUGAGUGGAUCUGUGAGAGUGAGCAAAAAUGAAAAUUUGUUUACAAAGUGUUUACAAUAUUGUGAUUGUAGAUAGUAAUUAUAUGAGGAAAAUAUACCCCACUCCAUUUGUGCUUAUUAUUCAUUUUCCUUUUUUUGUAAAAUAUUUAUCUUCCCUGGUUAAGCUACCAGAGGGCCAGGAAUGUUGGGUGGGUGGACGUUUAUGAGCUAAUUUCUCUUUGGAGCUUGCAUGCUUUGCUUCACUUGCACAAAUGUGUUUUAUUUAUCAUGUUUCUGGCCUUAAAGUUAUGUGUCUUCCUUUGUUAUUAAACAAUGGUUACAGGGAAUGACUAUCAUGACAACA